UAAAUACAAAGAAAGCCGAAAAUAGGAGAAAAAACAAAGUCAUCCCUUCUUCUUCCGCUCUUCUUCCCGUUCAUCCCUUUUUCUCCAUCUUCCUCCUUCAAGCCAUCCGAAAACCCUCAGUUUUUAUGAGCGAGGAGGAAAAGAAAAAGAGAGAAAAGUAAAUUGAAUUUGAAUCCCUUAACUAGAACGCUAGCCCACCAUCAGCUGGUUCCUGUUUGCGCGAAUAUAUAUAGGGGCGUUGAAAUUGUGUAAUCAAGCGCAGUCGUGGUUUGAAAUUUGCAGAUCUGGUAGUUUUGGGUGGAUUUAAUGUCAUAUAUCCGUGUUGCGGCUGUAUAUCUUGAUUCUUGGGGCCUUUUAUUUUAUGAAAGAUGACCAUGGUGAUGGAUAAAGACGAAAAAAAUUCAACAAGAGAUCGCGUUCAGUGCCUUUUCAACAAGAAUGUUGAAUUGGAGAACAAGCGGAGAAAAGCUGCUCAGGCCAGGAUCCCUUCAGAUCCCAACACAUGGCAGAAUAUGCGGGAAAAUUAUGAAGCAAUUGUCCUUGAAGACCAUGCCUUUUCCGAACAGCAUGAUGUAGAAUAUGCUCUGUGGCAAUUGCAUUAUAGGAGGAUUGAGGAACUAAGGGCACUCUUCAAUGCAGCUCUUGCUUCUGCAGGAUCUCAAAAUGGGAAAGGUCCUGUCCGUCCCGGACCUGAUCGGCUUACGAAGAUCCGUUCCCAGUUUAAGACGUUUCUUUCUGAGGCAAGUGGAUUUUAUCAUGAUCUGAUGUUGAAGAUACGAGCAAAGUAUGGACUGCCAUUGGGAUAUAUUUCUGAGGAUUCUGAUAAUCAGAUUUCUAUAGCAAAAGAUGGAAAUAAAUCUUCAGAGUUGAAAAAAGGCUUGAUAUCUUGCCAUCGUUGCUUGAUUUAUCUGGGAGAUUUGGCACGUUACAAAAGCUUGUAUGGGGAAGGGGAUUCUAAAGCCCGGGAUUUUGCUGCUGCUUCUAGUUACUAUAUGCAAGCUUCUUCAAUCUGGGUUUCAAGUGGCAAUCCACAUCAUCAGCUUGCUAUACUGGCUGGAUAUUCGAAUGAUGAGUUGCUGUCGAUUUAUCGCUAUUUUAGAAGCUUGGCAGUUGAGAACCCUUUCAUUACGGCCAGGGAUAACUUGAUCAUUGCUUUUGAGAAGAAUCGUCAGAAUUAUACUCUAUUUCUUGGUGAUGCUAAGACUGCUACCAUGAAGACGACACCUCCAAGGGUUCCUGGGAAAGGAAGAGGCAAAGGGGAAACAAGGUCUUCAUUGAAAGAUAGUAAGACUGAGGCUAACAUAGUUAAGAAAAAAGCAUCGAAUAAUUUUGAGUUAUUCAAAACUUUUGUGACGCGAUUUGUGAGGCUGAAUGGCAUUCUCUUUACUCGCACGAGCCUGGAGACAUUUGCUGAGGUGUUCUUAUUGGUUAAAAGUGAUUUGUUGGAGCUUCUUUCUUCUGGGCCUCAGGAAGAAGCCAAUUUUGGUUCCGAUGCUGCUGAUUGUAGACUUGCAACUGUCAGGAUGAUUGCUAUGCUAAUAUUUACUGUGCAUAACGCGAACAGGGAAAGCGAAAGCCAAUCUUAUGCCGAUAUACUACAGCGUUCAGUCCUGCUUCAAAAUGCCUUUACUGCAACCUUUGAAUUUAUGGGCUGUGUUCUUGAACGAUGUAGCCAGUUAUCUGAUCCCUCAUCGAGCUACUUAUUGCCUGGGAUUAUGGUUUUUGUGGAGUGGCUUGCCUGUCAUCAGGAUGUAGCAACCGGGAGCGAAAUGGAGGAGAAAGAGGUCAAUGCCAGGUCCUUCUUUUGGGACAAGUGUAUCUCAUUUCUAAACAAGCUUUUGUCAAGUGGGUAUGUAUUUGUUGCUAAAGAUGAAGAUGAAACAUGUUUUUCGAACAUGAGAGAGUAUGACGAGAGCGAGACUGCCAAUCGUCUGGCGCUGCCCGAGGACUUCGAGUUGAGAGGGUUUCUGCCUCUUCUUCCGGCCCAACUCAUUCUAGAUUUUUCGAGAAAGCACUCAUUUGGUGGUGAUGGAGGUAGCAAAGAAAGGACGGCCCGCGUUCAGAGGAUCAUUGCAGCUGGGAAAUCUCUUGCAAGCAUUGUCCGAAAUGGCCAGGAGAGUGUAUAUUUCGAUACUAAGAAGAAGAAAUUUGUGUGUGGUGUUGAGCCUCAGGAUGUUGAUGAUUAUUUACUGGAAUCCAGUUUGACUGUUAGCUCGGUAGACAUUUCUGUGGGGUUCCAAAUGACAUCGAAGACAAAGAUUGGUUUGGAGGAUGAGGAUGAGGAUGAGGAUGAGGAUGAGGAUGAGGUGAUUGUUUUUAAGCCGCCAAUUACUGAGAAGCAAAUUGAUGAUUUCACUUCAACUUAUACUACUUUAGGGGUUCCUUCUCCGGUUGUCGGGUUUGGCGACAUUAACUCUAGGAAUGAGAGCAGGUCCUCUGUUGCAAAUGAUAGUCUUCUCUUACAGGGUCAAUUGAGUUCGAGCUUGAGACUUUCCAACACUAUUGCUAACGGCACUCCAGACUAUCCGCAAUCCGUGCAGCCCGACAUGUUGAAUUGGCCUGUUGAACACAAUCCCAUCAUGAAUAAUUUGGCCAACUUAAAUUUAGUGGAAUAUGGAACCCAGCUGAAAUCUGAGCUGAAAGAAAAGUUUGGAGUCUCUCAACCAACUUCCUUCUCCAUUCCCUACCCCCAGUUUGCUAGUAGUGGAAGUAACCAAAACCAUUCCAUUCAGACUCCCCAAGCUACCAUGCCUUCAAAGUUUGAUUCGAUUGUAACUUCUGGGGCAUCUGUCGAUGGACAAUCCGCGAAAAUAUCUACGAACAUGCCACCGGGUCAAAAAAAGAAUCCCGUGGGUCGACCAGUAAGACAUUUUGGUCCACCACCUGGUUUCGGUUCCUUCCCAUCAAAAGCUGCUGAAGAGAUAUCGUACAACACAGCCUUGAAAAACGAAAAUCGCCAAACUGCACCGAUGGAUGACUACAGCUGGCUAGAUGGAUACCAGUUGUCAGCAAAUCAAAGUGUUGGAUUCAGUAGUUCAAUGAAUCUUGUUGGGCCAACUGGAUUCCCUUCCGCGCCCCAGAGCAAUGGUGAAAUGGAGAGUACAACAUUUCCUUUCCCUGGAAAGCAAAUUUCGAAUGUGCAAGUUCAGAGUGAAAAGCUUAAAGGCUGGCACGACCAAUUUGGAGGGCAUAUGAAUCAGUAUGUCGAUCAUAACCAACAAUUUCUGAAUGCAAACCAGCAGCCUGCCGGUCCCACACAGCAGUAUCCGGGACAGUCUAUCUGGGAAGGUUGUGAUCUAUUUUUUGAAAGCACAUGUCCGUGGUUGGAUGCUCUUAUCUCUACAUCCUUUGCUGUUGUGGAAUGGCCAAUGUUUAGUAAGUUUCUAUGGCACAUGCAUGGUGCCGAGUUUACCAGAUUGGUCGAAUGGAGAUAUAGGAACGUGGAAGAAAAUGGUGAUGGCACAUCUGAGAAUAUAGUUGAAGUUCUAAUGAUCACCUCAACUGGGGGACCUGGUCUUGUAUUUCCAAAGGGUGGAUGGGAAAAUGAUGAAACAGCUGAGGAGGCAGCAGAAAGAGAAGCCAUGGAAGAGGCUGGCGUUCGAGGAGAUUUAGUGCAUUUCUUGGGUUCUUAUCCUUUCAAGAGCAAAACACUCCUGGACGAGUACAGCCCGGAAGGCUUGUGCAAAGCUGCCAUGUAUGCACUGCAUGUGAAAGAGGAGCUCGAGUGCUGGCCCGAAAAAAGUCAUCGGGAAAGAAGUUGGCUCACAAUAGGUGAAGCCAUUGGAUGUUGCAGGCAUGCUUGGAUGCGUGAGGCUCUCGAGAAAGGCUUUUCGAGUUGGUUUGCUGAUGGCAUGGCACACACAUUGUCAACAAAGGGUUUCUCUAAUUUGUCGGCCAAUCAAUUUCUUUGA